GAGCAGGUGCGCAGCUUCGUGGCGGGCGUGUCCCCCCCGCUCUGCCCCGCCGCCCUGCGCGGCGCCCUGGCUCGCGCCCGCGCCCCGCUGGAGGCCGCCCACCGCGACGUGACGCGGUGCUGGGGUUCCCCGCUCUCACUGUUCGACGCGCGCGCGGAGGGCGCCGCACUCGCGCGGGGGGUGCCGCGCUGGGCGGUGGACGCCGUGCGUCAGGCGCAGCGCCUCGUGGACGAGAGCGCCGCCGCGGGGAGCCUGGCCGAGGCCUACGACGCGCAGGUCGGCAUGGCCGCCCGGGAG